AUGAAGUCACUUCGACUUAAACCCACCUGCGACAGCCUAUCGGCAGGGGCUCGACCUUGGAUGUCAGCCAUCCCUUUCUUACCUCACCAUCGGACUCAGAGCAUCAAUGCUCUGAAGUCAAACAAGUCAUAUUCCACCAGGUCGAAGACAGGCAUCAGGCGCACACAAAAUCCAUUAUACAACUCAGUAUAUCAACCUACGCCUGCCCCUCUGGCCGUACCAAAUGGCCAAACAAGUUAUAGCACCGCUGCUAUCAAGGAGCCUACAAUUCACCCCGUAUUUGAAGAUGUUACAGGAACAUGGCAAUACAUAGUCUCAGACCCAUCAACGCAGUCUGCAGCCAUUAUCGACCCAGUUUUGGAUUAUAACCCUGUCACCCAGGCCAUCACCACAGACUCAGCCAAUGCCUUACUCGCUUUAGUCAAAGAAAAGGGCUACAAAAUUGAAAGAAUCUUGGAGACGCAUGCUCAUGCAGACCACUUGACUGCAGCAUCAUAUCUCCAAAAACAGCUCUUUCAGAUACAAGGGUACAAGCCGCCCAUCGGUAUCGGCAAGCGCAUUGAGCAAGUUCAAACGCUAUUCGGUCAACGCUACGGAAUCCAGAGUGAAGAGUACGAUACCGUCUUUGACAAGCUAUUCGAAGAUGACGAAUCUUUCCAAAUCGGUGGUUUAACAGCCAAAGCCAUUCAUCUUCCUGGACAUACACCAGAUCAUCUAGGAUACCAAAUCGGAGAUAAUGUAUUCUGUGGCGAUUCUCUAUUCCACGCGGACAUCGGAACAGCACGUUGCGACUUCCCAGGUGGAGACGCAAAAGAUCUUUUUCAAUCAAGUCGUAAGUUGUUAGCUCUAGACGACCAUGUCAAGAUCUGGCCAGGCCAUGAUUACCCGCCAGAGGGACGAGAUUCUCCUGUUCCGUGGAUGAGUGUUGCCGAUCACAGGAAACAGAACAAGCAUGUUGGAGAUGUCGUUUCUGAGAAGGAGUUUGUGUCGUUACGGACAGAACGUGAUGCUACGUUGAAUGCGCCGAGGCUUCUUCAUCAGUCUUUGCAGGUGAAUAUUCGAGCGGGCCAGCUUCCGAGGCCUAUGAGUUCGGGAUAUAGGAUGCUUCAUUUGCCAUUGAAAUUGAAUGGAUUGGAAUGGUAA